AUGCCGCUCCCCUCCGCCGUGCGCUACCUUCCGCGUCGCCUGCACAUCUUCUCGACGGCGCUGCUCGUGUACUUCACGCUGCAGCUCACCUCGCUGCUCAACCGGCUCCUGCGGCGCGACGCGGCGGCCGUCGACGCCGCCUGGUCCGCGUCCAACACGUGCGCGGCGCGCCUAAUUCUGCGCACGGCGUCCGCGCGCCGCGGACUGUGGAUCAAGUGCUGCCAGUACGUGGCGGCCCGCCCGGACGCACUGCCGCCAGAGUACUCGCAGGUCCUUUCGCAGAGCCUGGACGACUGCCCGCCGACGCCCGCCGCGCGCGUCAUCGCUACCGUCAACGAACAGCUGCGCCACACCGAGUGCGGGAGACAGUGGCAGGAGACCGAGGGACGGCCCGCGGUUGCAAACGAUUUCUUCCACGAAUUCGACCCCGCGAAGCCUAUCGCUAGCGCUAGCAUCGCGCAGGUGCACGCGGCUGUCCUCAGGAGCUCGGGGCAGAGAGUCGUGCUUAAGGUGCAGCACCCCGGGGUGAAGCCUAUGUUGCUGCGGGACUUGAUAGACUUGAAAACCCUGCUCAAGUGGAUUGCGGGUGCGCAGCCCAGGUUUGAUAUGCGUCCGGUCCUCGAUGCUUGGAUUAACAUGGUCCCGAAGGAGACUGACUUUCUCAACGAGAUGCGCAACCUGCAGGCCGUGCGUUCCACCCUGCGCGGCGUGCAAGGCCUUCCAGAACACCUGUGCGCCGACGCCUACGUCCCGGAGCCGCUGCCGCACCUUACCAGCGACAAGCUCUUCGUCAUGGAGUAUAUCGACGGGUGCAAGGUCACCGAUGUCGAUACCAUGAGUCGUCACGACGUCAAUUUAGAGCGCAUCAUUUUGGAGAUCACCCGCAGCUUCGGCAAUCAGCUCUUUGUGUCCAACGUCUUUUCGGGUGACCCGCAUCCUGGCAAUUUCCUCGUUCACCACCUGUCCGAUGGUGCGCAGCCGGUCCUGCUCGACUUCGGCAUUUGCGUGCAAGUUCCCGAAAAGACGCGUCUAGGCUUUGCAAAGCUCAUUCUCGCCGCCAUUGAUAGCGACUCCUACUCCCUCAUCCAGGCCCUCGCCGACGUCGGCGUCAAGCUCAACCGCGCAGACCCUGUUGCUUCCUUGGACAUCAUCAAGUAUCUCUUCCGAACGACCGCGCCCAGGGAGCAGGCGCGCCAGGAGCAAGCCGAAUUCAGAAAGGACUUGGAGGCCCGCGAGGGUGACAUCCGCAAAAACGAGCGGGACACAGACGUCCAUCAAGCCUUUGAGGGCGACCUCCCCGCGCAAUCGAAAAAAUCAAGCAAGCGCGAGAAGACUCGCUCCCCAAUCGAUUCGUUCCCCGGUGACCUUGUCUUCUUGUUCCGCUCCUUGGGUAUGCUGAGGGGACUCGCCGUCACGUUGGGGGUGCGCCACUCCUAUCUCGAGACUUUGAGGCCGUUUGCCACGUACGCCUUGGAUGCGGCUUGCCCACCAGAACAACGCCUUAAGGCACCCGUGUACAGACCUAUCCACACGAACGGGCGAAGGGCUGCACGAGCAGCGUCCGUUUUAGAACGUGUGUUUGGAAAACUGCUGGAGAAAAAUAUGAUGAUCGGCGUCCAAGUGGCCGUGUACAAGGAAGGGAAACUCGUCCUCAACUUGGCAAGUGGUAGACGCGGUCGCUAUGAUCCUCGUCCCGUGAAACCAGACUCGGUAUUCAACUCGUUUAGUUCAACAAAGGGGCUCUCCGCGAUUUUGUUUGCUUCCUUGCAAGACGAGUACAACAUCGGAUAUGACGACCCUGUUUCUUCGCAUUGGCCAGAGUACGCGGCAAACGGAAAGGGUGACACGACGGUUGGGCAUGUGCUUUCCCAUUCGGCUGGGUUGCCAUACGCUCUCCCGGAGACAUUGCCUAUGACUCGAUUACGGGAUGACUGGGAGGGAAUCAUCAAACAUCUCGAAGAGUCCGCACCCUCCUUCGAACCGGGUUCUAGGACAGAAUAUCAUGCUCUAACAUUUGGAUGGCUUGUUGCUGGUUUGAUCACAAAGGCGACGGGGAUGACUUACCAACAGCAUCUGCGUAUCCUCACGGAGAAGCUGGGCAUUGAAGACGAGUGCUUUUGCGGUACCAUGCCAGAAGACUUGCUGCCUGAUGUACCUGGUAGCCGCGUAGCUUCUAUGAGUUCUUCGAUAUUUCAAGAUCUACAGGACGGUCCGAUUGGAAAAUUGAUCAAGCAAGCAAACGCGAAGCGCCCGACAGGAUCUCAUCACAGUGACCACUCGUCAGACGCAAAGAACGAAUCUAGUGACAUGGCGGGUGACGUGAAAGAGAAGACGGAAAGGGUGCUAAAGGAUCUCAAUCUGCCAGGGGCAGGAAUUGCCAAGGCGCCUGCGUAUAUCCUUGACUUGAACUUCUUUAAUCAUCCGGUGAUGCGGGGUGGCUUUGUGCCAUCUGCGAACGGGCAUUUCAGCGCCAGGGCGUUGGCCAAGCUGUACGGGGCAGUUGCAAACGACGGCUGUGUGGAUGGUUGUCGAAUUUUGGCUCCAGGGCGAGCGGAGAAGAUGCAAGAAAGAUUUUGCGACAUUGAUUCUCGCAGCACGCGGGGAUGGGGGGCUGGCCUCACGUUGUACGAUAGUAUCGAUAAGCGGGGCAAGGAAGUUAAGCAAAGCGCGAUUGGGCAUGGGGGAAUUGGGGGCUCCUUUGCCUUCGCAGUGCCAUCGGAGAAUUUUGCCAUGGCGGUGACGUUGAACAAAUUGAAUGCUGUAUCGAUAUCGGCGGCAGUGGCAAUAUCGGUAGUGUGCAAAGCGUUUGAAGUUCCGACGCCGUCGUGGUACCAUGCGUUUGCUGAGAAGGCGAUGACGGCAUUCAAGGAAGGGUCCAAGGAAAAAAAUGGGGACGAAGCAAGUCUGAUGGAGAAAAUUUUAGGCGGAGAGGGCGAGACCGACAUGAUGAAAAUUUUGGUCGGUUAAACGACAGCUUUUAUGCAAGCUGUUUAUGUACACGUUUUGUUACACAAGGUACGCGCACACUUGUAUAUGUGUUCUGUACAUACCGAAGAGCAGUUAGUCUUAACGUUAGCACGCUAAUGUAGUCAAAAAGUUUUCAGUUA